AUGCCGCUGCUCCCCGUCGUGGCGCUCUGGGCUCUGUGCCCCUUCCUCAGCCGGGCAGACCAUCCUCCUGUCCCCGUCACGGUGACAGCGGCCAUCGGCGAGGACGCCUGCCUGCCCUGCGGCAGCCAGCCCUGGGGUGCCCUGCGCGGGGUCACCCUCAGCUGCACCCACCAGGCCGGCGACAACCGCGAUGUCCCCGUGCUCAGCCACCGCCUGGGCUGGCAGCCGCCCCCCGAGCCGGGCUGGCAGCCCCCCGAGCAGCCCGACAGCCGCUUUAGGGGCAGGGUCUCCUUCUGCGCGGCGGGGACGGGGGAGGCCGGCGUGUCCCUGCUGCUGAGGAACCUCAGCGAUCCCGAUUUUGGGAAUUAUUCCUGCUACGCCUCCCGCGCCGAGGCCCCGCAGCUCCUCCUCUGCUCCCUGGUGCUGCAGCCCGCAGGGGAGGGGGUGCGGGGGGCGGUGGCUCCGGACAUGCUGACGGUGAUUUGUGUCCUCACGGCCGCUUUCACCGCCGUGGCCAUCGGGGUGCUGGUGUGUGCCCGCUGCCAGGGGCACUGCUGGGGGCGCGCAGCCCCAGAGCCCGGAGCCGUGGCCGGAGGGGAACAAGGAGAGGUGGCCUUGGGUGACGUGAAGAGCCUCAACACCUGAGGCCACCCCAGCUGGGUGACACGUGUGACACGGGCG